GGGCCAAUGAGGUGCGAGCAAGGAGCGUGCAGGAAGCAAGGGCUGCAGAGGUUGAGCAGCAGGGGAAAGGAGGUUGAAAUCGGUUUCAUUUAUUUAUUCGCAUGAGAAGAGUGAUGAAGACCCGUGCCUCGUCCCCCCCUCUGCAUGUCCACGUGGACGAGAGCACGCCUGUGCAUGUUCACGUGAAGAAGAACCAGAGGACUUCACCAUCCAAGGCUACUCAGCUGAGGAUCCGGGAGGCAAAGCUGAAAAAAGAGUCCGGGAAUCUCCGAGCAACCGCCAAAGUAAAAACCCGAAUCCCGUGGAUCCCUCCCGGGAAGGCUUCUCUCCGGGAUGCUGCCUAUAACUGGGAGGGGCCGACGCACCGGCUGGAGAUCACGCCGGCGAAUGACGGUUCCGCUCCCUCGGCUCUCCGCCUGUCCGACCUCUCCACUGACGAGGAGGAAGCCGUGCACGGGCGCAUGCAGCAGUACGAGAAGAAGAUCGACAGCCUGAUGAACGAAGUGGGCAGCCUGAAGAGUGAGGUGGAGCUGCGUAAGAAGGAGCAGCUGCUGGAGAAGCGAGGGGAGCAGCUGACGGCCUCGAAGCGCGUGAUCGAGGAGCAGGAGGAGGAGCUGGCAGAGGUGGAGAGAGAGAACAGCAUGCUGAGGCAGAGCAUCGAGAAGAUGAGGGAGGAGACAGACUACUCCAGGCUGGAGAAGGAGCACCUCCUGUAUGAGAAGGAUGCUCUUCUGAAGAAGCUGGUGGAGACCGAGAUGGAUGGAGCUGCUGCAUCCCAGCAGGUCUCGGCUCUGCGGGAGAUCAUUGGCAAUCUGAAGAGUGAGAAGCGAAUGUCUGGCUCAGAGGUAAACCUGAUUGCCAGGCAGAAGGAGCUGCUUCUGCAGAAGCUGGAAACCUUCGAAACCACGAACCGCACCCUGCGCCACCUCCUGAGAGAGCAGCACAGCCGCGAGACAGAUGCAGUGAGGCUGGCUGAGCAGAGAGAAGUGCUGCUGAAGAAACUGACCAACUACGAGGCAGAAAACACAAGUCUGCUGAUGAAACUGCAGGAGAGGGAGCAGGAGGUUGACCAGCUUCUUAUUCAGGUGGAGACUGAAAAGGAGAAUGCAAGGACUGCAGGAGAGCUCUCCAAAACCCUGGAGACGACCCGCGCUCACCUGCAGGGGCAGCUCCGCAACAAAGAGUCAGAGAACAACAGAUUGAAUGUGCAGAUCAGGAACCUGGAGCGGACGAUGGCUCAGCAGCGCGGGGAGAUGGACCACCUGCAGGAGCAGCAGAAGGAGCUGAAGAGACGCGUAGAGGGGGACAAGGAGGCCCUGAAGAGAGCCACGCGCGCCCAGAAACUUCGGGCAGAGCGCAGCGAGGACACCGCGGGCCAGCUCAGCGCUCAGCUCCUGGAGAAGGAGACCCAGCUAGCGGAGGCCCUGUCUGCAGCAGAGAGCUGGAGGAACCACCAAAGCCAGGCACUGAAGGACAGGAAUCAGAUGGAGAUCGAGGUGACCGUCUUGAACAAUCGAGUUACACACCUGACAGAGCAGCUGCACAGCUCGGAGGACAAGGCACGAGCCGAGAGGGACGAGCUGCUGGACAGACUGCACCGGCUCACCUCCGAGAACACCUCCUUCAAGCUGGAGAACGAGAGGCUCAGGGCUAACAUGUCAACUACUGAGGACAAGUUGACCCUCUCCCAGUCUGAGAUCCAGCAGCUGAAAGCAUCGGUCAAGCAGUAUGGGAGUCUAGUGGACAGCUACAAAUCCCAGGUGUUGAAGACCCGCUCAGAGGCGGACGAGUACUCCCUGAAGCUGGAGCUGGCAGAGGAGGAGGGCCAGCUGAUCCGCGAGGAGCUGAACAAGGAGAUCGAGCUGGUGAGGAGGCAGCUGCAGGGCCGCAUGGCAGAGCUGGAACCCCUGCCAGAGCUGCUCAAACUGACCGAGCUCAGGCUGCAGGAAUCCCAGGAGCAGGUGCAGAGCUGCGACAGGAGGAGUGCCGAGCAGAGCAGCGCUCUCACGGAGCUCCGGGUCAAGGUGGAGCAGCAGGGGAGCCUGGUGGAGAGUGUCCGAGAGAAGAACCUCUCCCUGCUGGAGGAGAACAAGCAGCUGCAGCAGAGAACGGAGAGCCUGGAGAGGAAGCUGGAGGAAGCGAACAUUCAGAACAGAGACCUGGUCCAGGUGAUCGCCAAACGGGAGGAGAGCAUCCACCAGAACCAGCUGCGCCUGGAGGAGAAGACGCGGGAGUGCAGUGUCAUGGGACGACAGCUAGAGGCAGCCAUCGACGACGCCAAGCGCCAGGUGGAUCAGAACAGAGACAGGGCAGUGUCCAAGGAGCGGGCGACCCAGGCAAAGGUUCUGGAUCUGGAGACUCAGCUGAGCCGGACCAAGACUGAGCUGAACCAGCAUCGCAGGUCCAAAGAGGAUGCGGAUCGCCGGUUCCAGAGUCGUCUCCAGGACCUGCGUGAUCGCCUGGAGCAGUCCGAGAGCACCAAUCGCAGCCUGCAGAACUACGUGCAGUUCCUCAAGGCUUCCUACGCCAACGUCUUUGGGGAUUCAGCACUGGCCUCGUCCACCCUCCGCUCGCCCUCCCCGAUCUGAUGGGCUACCCUGCCUCCUGCAGCUCUCGGGGGGGGGGGGGGUUUAACGCCCUUCCCCAAAGUCACUGAGGGGAUCCAGCCAUCCAUAGAUUGCGCUGGUCUCUUCGUAUCAUUUUAGCGUGGCAGUGCCACUGAAUUUAAUUCAGCACGAAGAAGGCUUCACGCUGCUUUGUUUUUAUGUGUUUGAUGGGUUCAAAGGCUCACGUUUCUUGUGUUGUACAAAUGUUGGAUUUGUUUCUAUGUUUGUGUGUAUUUUUAUAUAAAUAUAUAUAUACAUUGUACAUUGACAAUUAUUUGUGUAAACAAAAAAAAAAAAGUUUGUCAUGACUGACU